AAUCUAAUUUAGUAUAUAUUACACGUAUUAUAUUACUAGUAUAUAUUACGACGUACUCUUUAUACAUCAAUAUGUAAAAAACAAGGAACUAAAGUGUAUUUUCUUUGUUCAAAUUAACCAGUUAUAAAUUUAACUGUCCUUUAUUUAACAAAAAUUUAAAAACACAAAAAUGUUUGGUCUAAAACUUAUUUUAUUUAGCAACCUAAUCCCUUCACAUCCCAUCCCAGUUUUCCUAUCCCCAGGGGCAUGGAAGCUAUGGUAGUGGAGUACAUCCGCGUCCUACUCUUCGGUCACGUGAUACCGAAGAUAAUGAUGCUAUUAGUGUACUUCCUAACAGCCACCAUGCUGGGGGGGCUGUUCUAUUUGAACUUUAACGACAUAGGCGUCAGCAGGGCGUUCUGGCGGAUCUGGAAGAACAUGAAAUCCAAGAAUGCGAAAUAGGUUAUACAGUUUUUAUCACAGAAUUGUAGUGAACGGACAAGACUUGAAUUAAAAACCCGAUGUUUAAUGUCAAUAUACUCCUAAAAACCUGCCAAGUGCCAGAGAGUUUUGUUCUGAUACGGCAUAUUGUCAGUCCGCCUGGUUAUAUAACACGAUCCGGUAUUUUUACGGCAAAGUAGUCGUCGAUUUUGGUUUGUAGGGUGGGGCAGUUGGUCUUUGAUCGUGUGAAACUUUGUCUUUGUAGAAGUGAUCUCAAACUUGCUUUGGAUAAGAAACCCGUAUCUGAGACCCGUCCUUGCGCGGGGCGUUUUAUUUAGGCCAAGACGACAGCGACUUUGCGGUUGGUCAAGAUAGCUUAAGCCUUUUACGGUAGGCAGCGGCUUGGCUCUGCUUCUAGCAUUGUUGAAGUCCAUGGGCGACGAUAACCACUUACCAUCAGUUGUGCCGUAUGCUCGUCUGCGUACAAGGGCAAUAAAAUAAAAAAGUGUAAGAAUUCAAUACCGACCUCUUUGGGAAUGCCCGCAUUACAGUAUACAGACUGACGUUGUUCUCGACGUUUCAAUAUUGUUCUAACUACCGUCUAAUUUAGUAAAAAUAUAUUUCUUGAAAUUUA